AACUGGCAGCAACAUGCCUGGGAUAGCGCCAGCCACUUUCACGGUAAUUGCCGGUGCAUCUGUCAAUAACCAGAGAAAGCAGCAGCAGCAGCAGCAAAAGAGGAAGCAGCCACCGCCCACGACUGAACAGCAGCAGCAACAGACCGGAUCGAAGACAAAAGUCUGCCUCAUUAGUUAGAUAGAGUGACUAUCUUAUCUGUUUUAAGGACUUAAGGCCCGAAAAUACAUUUCCUAUGACAUAAACAGCCGACUAUAAAUGGGCCGGGGCCAAGUGUUCCGCGUUUCAGUCGACCAACAGACCACAGCGAUAACGAGACACGAAUAUGACGAGAACGACAACGACCCAAGAGACGAGAGUGGAGGAGACGAUCGAGAUCUCCUCCUCGAACAGAACGGUCGAAGAGACCAUCGACAUCACAACGACCGAGGGAUCGCUGGUCCCGAAGCAACGACACCACCAUCAGCAUCAUCAUCAUCAUCACCACCAUCGCCAGGAGGAGAAUGUCGAAGUGGUGGAGGAGGUGGUUGUCCUGGAGGAGGAACCACAGCAGGAAAGGCACAAGCACAAGAAGAGUUCGGGGGCAGCACCACCACCGCCCCUGCCACAGUCCUCGCCACCAUUCCUCACGCCCACAGAGGAUCUCGCCGAGGAUGUGGUGUGGGAGCCGCAGCCCUACUGGAGUCCCUCUGGACUCCUAAAGACGGAUCAAGCUUCGCCCACAACCACAGAGGAAUUUGCAGCUGUGGAAUGGUCACCCGUCUCCAACCCCCCCGCAGGGGUCGUGCAGGAGGAGUCCCUGGCAUAUGCGCCACCUACUGGGGCGCCACCACAGCUGCAAGUGCAGACAACGGGUUUCCCACCAGCCGCUCAGUCGCCUCUGCUCUCCCCCAUCGAAGAGGUGGUGCAAACGGAGCUGAUUGUGGAGUCACAGGCGACAGAGCCUGCGGUGCAAAGAGGUUUCAUCUUCAUUCCCCGGGAAAGCCAGCAGCAAACGGAGCUGAUUGUGGAGUCAGAGAGCGUGGAGGCUCCCCAAAGGGAUUCCAUUCCACCGGAGGGCUUUGUGAAAACCCUUGUGGAGACGUUCGAGGUCGGAGCACCCGCGGAUCCGCCAAUUCAAAUGGGAUAUACUCCAAGGGCAAGUCUUUGGAAUAAAGAGCUGUUUGUGGAGACUGUGGACGUCUCGCCGAUUCCCUCGCCGCCGCCAAGUCCCCCCCUCGAUCCGUACGGGCUUUCUUCUUCCAGCGAAGAUCUCGUGGAAACGGAGAUCACUUCAGAGAGUGUGGAAGAACCACACAGUCCCCCAGCACAGAUCCCAGCACCCCAGCUUCGACCGGGCUUCAUUCCCAAAGCGUGGAGGGAGCGUGUGGAGACCAUUGUGGAGGGUCUGGAGGUCGUCACACCACCUGCCAGUCCCAACCUUCAAGAGGAGCUAAUUUUCGAGUCCCUGGACGUAACGGCCACGCCAACGCGACCACCGAGUCCUCCCGUUGGAGUUUCAUUGCAGACAGGGUUCAUGCCACGAUCAAGUCUAGUGGAAACGGAGUUGAUUGUGGAAUCCCUGGAGGUAACGCCCACGCCAACGCCACCGCCCAGUCCCCCAGCCCAACCUGUUCAAAUGGGUUUCAAUAGGCCCCAAUCUGCAAUAGUGGAAACGGCAACUAUUGUGGAGACUGUGGAGAGUGUGGAGAGACCCGCUCAACCGCCCUUUCAACCAUCAUUACAAAUGGGACUCACUCCAAGGGAGAGUCUGGUCCAAGAGCAGCUGGUUUUUGAGUCAUUUGAAUCCUCUCCAGAGCCCACACCGCCACCGAGUCCACCUGUGGUAGAGCCGGGGUUUAUGCCCCGAGCAAGUGUGGUCGAAACAGAGCUGAUUGUGGAGAGCCUAGAGGUCACGCCAACGCCCUCUCCGCCGGACAGUCCCAUCAGGGAAUUUCCGUUUCAGGCUAGAUUCAUUCCGCGCGCAAGUUUGGCGGAAACGGAGCUGAUUGUGGAGUCCCUGGAAGCCACACCCACGCCCACACCACCCGCCAGUCCUCCUGCGCAGCUCAGAGUGAAGACGGGGAUGGUGCCGCCCCCGAAUCUCCCACAAACGGAAGUGAUCAUUGAGUCUGUGGAGGUGACACCCACACCCACACCCACACCCCAGCCACCACUGAACAAUGGAUUUGUGCUCACGGAUCUCGUCCUGGACUCGCAGCAGCAGCCAGCCCUGGAAGUGGUUGAAACAGAGACGGAGAUCAUCAUGGAGUCUGGCCAAACGGAACUGAUUUUGGUCGAGACCGAAGAGAGACUGACUCCCGUGCAGCCUGCAUCCCAGGACCUCGUGCUGGUCGGCGUUGUGGCCGAGGAGAGCAGCGACAAGUUGGGCAAGCGGUACUCGGUGAAUGCGGUGCUGAAGGAGGAGCAGAUCUCACCCCCCACGCCGCCACCCAAGGUCGCACAGAGUGAGCAGAGGGAUGCCGUGGACGAGGGCGAGGCUGAAAAGAAGAGGAGAUGCUGCCCCUGUCGUUGCGUCAUUGCCUGAUUGGGGGCGGAGGAGGCGCGCA